AUAGCAAAUUGCGUCGACUUUUAGGCAAAUCUAGGCAACAUCCGAAUACUCAAAGAAAGCAUGAGCGAUUUCAAAACAGAACAAAUCGCAAAUUUUACAUUAGCUCUGGCAACAGCUUUUGAAAUUCUGGCGGAAUAUCGCGAGUCAAAGCUGGGAGCUAAUUGUAAUCAAGCAAUAAUGUUGAUAACGGACGGAUCACAAGAUAAUUACAAAGAUGUUUUCGAAAAGUACAAUUGGGACAAUCUUCCAGUCGUAACUGUGAGAUUAUUUACCUAUCUUGUGGGACGAGAGGUGAGCGAUCCAAGGGAUGUUAAGUGGAUGGCUUGCGCCAAUCAAGGCUACUACGUUCAUCUGAGCACAUAUGCAGAAGUGCGCGAAGAAGUUCUGCACUACAUUCCAGUAAUGGCACGACCAAUGGUACUAAAUGCUAACCAAAAGCCAAAUCCAGCAUGGUCACCAGUAUACGCGGACGUUACCGACCCGAAACUGACCAACUGGUUGUGGGUUAAUAGACAAAGAUUUACUCAGCGAGAUAGAUAUCUCAUAUUUAGUAAAUACAAGGAUUUGAUGUCUCCAAAUGAGAUCGAUAAGAAGUUUGUUCAUCAACAGAAACUGAAACAAGACCAUUAUGGAGAGACUCAAACUUACAACCUGAUGACUUCCGUGUCAUUACCAGUAUAUGACAAAAAACCCCGUCAGGAGAGAGUGGCAAAUUUAUUAGGCGUAGCUGGUACUGAUGUUCCAAUAGAAUAUAUACAAAGAUUAAUGCUUCCACACAGAUUGGGUGUAAACGGUUAUGGUUUUAUUGUCACAAAUAAUGGCUAUAUUUUGACUCAUCCGGACCUUAGACCUGUGUACCAAGGUAUAUUGAAACCGGCGUACAAUCGGGUAGAUUUCAUGGAGGUUGAAAUACUCGAUGACGACAGUGAGCCUAGAAGAUUUAAUGAAGAAAUACGGGACUUGCGAAAGAAAAUUAUUAUGCAGAAAAAAGGAAAUAUAACGCUGAGGGUCAAGAGCCAUUUAGAUGACAUUAAACGCAUCCAUAUAAGUAACCGUUAUUAUUACUACAGAGGAAUCAAUGACACACCGUUUAGUUUAGUUAUUGUGUUACCUGAUAAAUAUGGCUUCUAUGGGGUGUUACCUUCUGUAGAAAAUGAUAUUCACAGGCUAAGGUCCAACGAUAAAGGGCCACACACUCUAGCUCAAUUUUUUAAUGGCAAUUGGGCUAUCCAUCCCGAAUGGCACUACUGCAAAGACCUAGAUGACAAGCAUUACUUUGAAACAGCAGAGGAAGAAUUUUUGUAUUUCCUAAAGAAAAUGGACCGGCCUGGAUGGAAAUGGUCUCGAGAGUGUGACCGUAAGUUGAUCACUAAAGUGGUAGCUGAUGCAAAAACUACAGUGUGGUUUAGUGAAAACAUCACAACCACUACUAAAGAAGAUAAGGGACCUAUGUCUAUAUUGAUGGCUCUGAUAUCCAGAGCUCAAUUAAUAAAACAAUAUGGAAUAGUGGUAGCUUUUAUGGCUACCCACAGUGGACUUACCAGAUGGCAAACUUUUCCGCAAAACAUAGACAACACUAUCUAUGAAAGACAUUUCCAUCACGUACACAAUAGGGCAAUUGAUGAAGUUUGGUACAAAAGAGCUGUAGAACAUUCAUACGUAGAUGCUGGCGCCUAUGUUUAUUCAGUUCCUCAUGAAGCUGGUGAUGCGAACAAUACGUUGGUAACUGUUAGUGCUGGAAUUUUCAAAGAAGACGGUGGAAAAAGAGCUCCAGUUGCCGUUGUGGGCUAUCAGUUCUAUCAUUCGUCUUUACACAGCAUUUUUAGGAAAACAACUAUCAGUUGCGGUGAUAUGCAAAAAGCCUGCAAAAAGACUUGCGAAUCUGAAGAACUUCACUGCUUGCUAUUGGAUGAUAAUGGCUAUGUCAUCGUUAGCGACAACGUCCAACAGACCGGUCAUUUCUUUGGGAAAAUUCGACCAGAUGUUAUGAGCCAACUGAUCGAUGAGGGCAUUUAUCAAGCCCAUCGGAUGUUUGACUAUCAGGGCUUAUGCCCUGAAGGGCAGGACUCUGGAAGUGUCGCUUCAAAAUUACUCACUCCGUUCUGGUACUUAAUGGGAAUUCUCGAAUGGGCAGUUUCAACACUCAGUUUAUUUGCCGAAGCCGCUACCGGUAAUAUAUACUACAAUCCGCCAUCGAACCAGCCAAACAAUAACCAAUUCGAUGAGCCUGCAGAUCAUAACGACCACACUAUUGUAUCGGAUCAUGAAGAAGAAUCAGAGUCAAACGACUCCGACUAUGAACCAGAAGGGCUUAAUGAUAAAGCAUUCGACGAGACCGCAACUAUGCAAAAAACCAAACCAGAGCCCUGCGACAAUGAAUUAUAUCUUUACACUUUAGUUCAUUACAGCGCCAGAGACGAAUCAAGUAGCGGAUACAACAAAACAAUGGGAAAUUGCUCAAGGCCAUUUAUUGUUCAACGCGUGAGUGGAAGCAACAUGAUUCUCCUAGUGAUCAACAACUUAUGUCAAGAACAAAAUGAUAUGUUUCCUCCAUCUCCCGAUCCUCAACAGAUCGAUUAUAAUAUGAGUCUGCCUUGUUUUAUGAACCAAGAGAAUUUGCCUAGGAGGUUCUAUAUGAGCUGCAUUAGCCGCUCGGCAAAUGAAAGCGAGAUUAAACUAUGCGGUUCAGGGUCCAACAUAUCAUCAAAAUACGUCGUACCUUUAGUAAUGGGUUUUUAUUUCUUAAUCCGAAUCAUCCAUUACAUAGUUUAAGUAGCUAGCUCAAUUAUGCUAAUUAUUUCCAACGUUAUAUGUUAAUCUGUGAUAUCAAAAUUAACAAUUGCAACUUUUCUCUUGCGCCAAUUUACCGCUGAUAUAAAAAACUGAACAACUAAAGUUGCAAAUUAUUAGGCGUUAAACAAUAUACAUAUGAUGUAUGUUCGAUAUUAAAAUUUAUUUAAUUGUUUUUGUUAUUGUUCAUAUCAUUAUAGAAGUAUUUAUAAAUUGUCUAUUUAUUGAUUCAUAAUUGUGAUGAUGUAUUAUUACCCCUAAGUUUCCAUAUAGUGCAUAUAAUUUUUACGCAAUAAAAAUUGUUGAUUUUU